AUGAAAAAAAAAACAUCCAAAAGUCAAAAGAAUCAAAAUAUUAUACACACUCAUGAAGAUAGUUGCAAGGACUUUGAAGAUGAAGGGCUGCAAGAUGUUAUGUUGGUCCAUGAUUUGAAGGGGGAUGCAAAUGCUACAGAAUUGCUUACAUCAAGAUACUUAGAGGAUGAGGUGUAUCAUGUACUAUAUGAACAACAUUUAGAUGUUGAAGUUCCACCUAUUCUUGAACCUGUGCAUGAAGAAGUUCUAGAGGUUGAAAAAGUUCAACAUGUUCCUGAAGAAGUUCCACUUGUACCUCAAGUUGAUGUUGUACCGGAAACAUAA